AUGAUCAUAACCACUAGACGACAACACUUACUAAGAACUCAUGAACAUUGCAAAAUACACAACGUAGACGAGUUGAAUCCUCAUGAAUCCUUAGAGCUUUUCAGUUGGUAUGCCUUUCGACAAAACUGUCCUAUUGAUGGUUAUUUGGUGCACUCAAAGAGGGCAGUAGAGUAUUGCAAUGGGCUCCCACUGGCUCUUAAAACUUUGGGUUCUUCAAUGUAUGGGAAAAGUUUAGAUGUGUGGAAAAGUCAACUUAAAAAAUUGAAAGCUAUUCCUGACAGUGAAAUUCUUAGAAAACUAAGAGUAAGUUAUGACUCUUUACAAGAUGAUCACGACAAAGAUUUAUUCCUUGAUAUUGCUUGCUUCUUUGUGGGAAAAGACAAAGACUAUACAAUUACAAUCCUAGAUGGAUGUGAUUAUUACUCAUUGAUUGGAAUUCACAACCUCUUUGAUAGAAAUCUGUUAGCAAUUGGCACAUAUAACAAGUUGGUAAUGCAUCAAAUGAUUCAAGAAAUGGGAAGGGAAAUUGUUCGACAAGAAUCACCCAAGGCGUUAGGAGAACGCAACAGGCUUUGGAAUCAUGAGGAUUCCCUUUAUGUCUUGAGGGAAAAAAUUGGCACAAGAAAUAUCAGAGGCCUCACUUUUGAUACCCAUUUCUUAAAGGAAGAUAGAGGUAAAUGGAAUGACAUUGGGCCCCACGGAGAAAGUUGGUCUAACAAGCGCAAGAGAUAUCCCUUUGCCUUCUUCUCUAGUCUCUCUAUAGGCAUUUCUACAAAAACUUCAAAUGAAGUAGUAUUGGAAGUUGAUGCAUUUGCAGGGAUGUCCAACCUACAACUUCUGGAAAUUAGCAAUGUACGACCAUGUGGAAAUUAUGAAAAAUUUCCCAAGGGAUUGAGAUGGUUGUGUUGGUCAGGUUUCCCAUUACAAAUGAUUCCUGAUGAUUUCCCUGUGGACAGGCUAGUUGCUCUUGAAAUGUCUUAUAGUUGCUUGAAAAAGGUUUGGAAUGGAGUGAAGCACCUUAUAUUAUUGAAAAUACUUAAUCUAAGUCAUUCCAAUAACCUUUAUGAGACUCCUAAUUUCUUGAUGCUGCCCAAUCUCGAGAGACUUAUACUUGAAAGCUGUGUAAGGUUGGUUAAGGUUCAUGAAUCUAUCGGACACCUAGAAAAACUUAUUUUCUUAAGCUUGAGGAAUUGUCAGAACUUGAGGAAGCUUCCUGAAAUCAUUUAUAAGCUAAAAUCUCUAGGAACACUUGACAUUUCUGGUUGCACAAAUCUUGAAAAUGUUUCAGCAGAGUUGGACAACAUGGAUUCUUUGACAGUGCUCCAUGCAGAUGGAACUAGAAUAAGUCAAUUACUUUGUAUCACUCCGGAGGUCAAAGCGUGGCCUUGGCAAUCAAGUCUAAGAAGUUGUCCAGAAACUUCACUUUCUUUUCUACAGUCAUUGGUACAUUUAAGUCUAGAAAAUUGCAAUUUAUCUGAUGACGGUUUCCCUAGUGAAUUUGGCAACCUAUCUUCGUUGCGCAGAUUAAAUUUGAGCAAUAAUGCAAUGUAUUGCCUCCCAAAAAGCAUCAGGUUUCUUUCUAGACUAGAACAUUUGUCUUUGCGAUCAUGCCCAAAGCUUAAGAAUGUUGAUUGUUUGCCGCAAAAUAUAGAAGUACUGCGGGCUGAUGGAAGUAAGUUGCUAGAAAAAAUAAGCUUUGAAUCACAGGGCAUCUUCCCAAAGUUAGGCUAUGAAAGUUGUCUGAGUCUAAUGGAGGUUGCGGGCCUAUUCAAGUUGGAACCCUUAGAAAGUGUUGAUGUAGAGCUAAUUAACAAUUUGGGCUUAUGUGACUUUGAAGCUGUGGAGAAAUCACCUGUAGAGCUUCUCUCAAGCGUCGUUGGGGUAAGCAGGUGGAGGGCCGCGUGCUGCAACCUUGAGCUGCCAUAUGGCAGCCAAUUGGAGGGCAGCACGUGGCAACCAUCAGCUGCCCUCUGA